AUGAACGCCCAACAAGCACAUAAGGAACAUGUGUUGGCUGUGUCGAGGGAUUUUAUUUCACAGCCGAGGCUUACAUAUAAAACCGUUUCCGGUGUAAAUGGACCUUUGGUGAUCUUGGAUGAUGUUAAAUUUCCUAAGUAUGCUGAAAUUGUUCAAUUGAGAUUACACGAUGGUACACUUCGAUCUGGCAAAGUGCUUGAGGUGUCUGGUUCUAAAGCUGUGGUUCAGGUAUUUGAAGGUACAUCGGGUAUUGAUGCUAAGCAUACCCUUUGUGAGUUUACUGGAGAUAUUUUACGUACACCAGUGUCUGAAGACAUGUUGGGCCGCGUUUUCAAUGGCAGUGGAAAACCGAUAGAUAAAGGACCUCCUAUUUUGGCUGAAGAUUAUUUGGAUAUUGAAGGCCAACCUAUUAAUCCAUAUUCCAGAACAUAUCCUCAAGAAAUGAUUCAAACUGGUAUUUCAGCUAUUGAUAUCAUGAACUCUAUUGCUCGUGGACAAAAAAUCCCAAUAUUUUCGGCUGCAGGUUUACCACAUAAUGAGAUUGCUGCUCAAAUUUGUAGACAAGCUGGUCUUGUUAAACAACCUGGUAAAUCAGUUCUUGAUGACCAUGAAGACAAUUUUGCUAUAGUAUUUGCUGCUAUGGGUGUUAAUAUGGAAACUGCCAGAUUCUUCAAACAAGAUUUUGAGGAAAAUGGCUCAAUGGAGAAUGUUUGUUUGUUCUUGAAUUUAGCUAAUGAUCCUACUAUUGAACGUAUCAUUACACCGCGUCUUGCUUUAACUGCUGCUGAAUUUUUAGCUUAUCAGUGUGAAAAGCAUGUCUUAGUUAUUUUAACUGACAUGAGCUCAUAUGCUGAAGCUUUAAGAGAAGUUUCUGCUGCUCGUGAAGAAGUACCUGGGCGUCGUGGUUUCCCUGGUUACAUGUACACCGAUUUAGCUACAAUUUAUGAACGGGCUGGGCGUGUAGAAGGAAGAAAUGGUUCUAUCACACAAAUACCUAUUUUAACUAUGCCUAACGAUGAUAUUACUCAUCCAAUUCCCGAUUUAACGGGAUACAUUACCGAAGGUCAAAUAUAUGUUGAUCGUCAAUUGCAUAAUCGUCAAAUCUAUCCACCAAUCAAUGUAUUGCCAUCCCUUAGUAGGUUGAUGAAAUCUGCUAUUGGUGAAGGAAUGACUCGUAAAGAUCAUUCUGAUGUGUCAAAUCAGUUGUAUGCUUGUUAUGCAAUUGGUAAGGAUGUACAAGCAAUGAAAGCUGUUGUGGGAGAAGAGGCAUUAACACCAGAUGAUCUUCUAUAUCUUGAAUUUUUGACUAAAUUUGAAAAAAAUUUCAUCACCCAAGGAAAUUAUGAAAAUCGUACAGUAUUUGAAUCUUUGGACAUUGGAUGGCAGUUAUUACGUAUUUUCCCUAAGGAAAUGUUAAAAAGAGUUCCAGCAGCUACGUUAGCCGAGUUUUACCCAAGAGAUUCCCGUCCAAAAUAA